AAGGGUUGAAAAUUUCAUACACAUUUAUCUAACGGUUAACUUCAGUGCAACUCCUUAUAUCAAUGUCUUCAUGACAAUUCCCACAUUACUUUUGGCUGGAGGUGGGUCCUGGACCUCGAAUAGCAGUUACACAUUACAUGACAGCAACUACGCCCCCGAAGUUGAUGGCGAUUCGGUUUAUGCUCUUCGAAAUAUGUUUAACUUUAGGUAAAGGAACUAUUCUAACAGCUCUACCGAUUGGAUCUGCCCUUGCCGGUUUCAUAGUCGUUAGAGAUCCAACAUUUCUUACCGGUCAAACGCGUAACUUUACUAUCAUUUACAUAAUUUCGCUGGUCAUCGAUGUGGUUGCUCUGCUAUGGGUUAUAUUCAUGGUGAACGAACGGAUUGCGCGGCAGCAACAAAAAGACGUCGAAGCUAAAUUACAAGAAAAGUGCGAAAGUGAUGGUGCCGAGGCACUUCUGACGAGUACCACGGAUGAAAACGAUGGCAAAGUUCAUCCAUUUAAACUGUUGUUCAGUUUGGAAAAUGCGAAGUCGAUGUUAAACGUUGUGUUGAAGGAGAGACCAAACAAAGGCAGGAAGCAAUUUAUGUUGGUCAUCCUUUCGUUAUCGAUAAUUUUCGGCGAACAAAUUGCAUUGACGUCUCUGAAUAGUCAAUUUAUUCAACGAGUCUACCUUUGGAAUCCGGACUACACAGCGUAUACGGGUGCAAUAAGCAUGGUCAUCGCAUCCAUUUGCACAAUGACCGUCAUACCAAUUAUGUCAAGAAUUCUUAACAUAUGGGACAUUCCGUUGGCUAUUUUCGGCUACGUAGUAAACUAACCUGUAAACCUAAUCAGAGGCAGUUGGUUAUCCGAAAAUGGU